AUGGCAGGGAAGAAAGGCAAGAAAGGGAAAAGUGGGAAGAAAGGGAAGAGCAGCAGGAAAGGAAAGAAAGGGAAAAAGGGAGCAACAAAAGAGCCCCAGAUGACAUCACAAGAAGCCAUUUUAGCCUAUCAGAUAAAUGUGAUUGAACAGAAAUUGGAGGAUAUUUCAUACGAGACUCGAGGAUGGGAAGAGAAAAAUAAAAGAAAUAGAUUAAGGAAUGAAAAGUUAAAAGAAGAGGAAGAACUCUUAUUGAAGAACCUGCUGAAGAUGAACAGAAAUGAGGCCAAACUGCUACACGGGGAAGAAAUCACGACCAGAGACGAUGUUAAUGAUUUUAUGAAGGAAACGUGGAGAAAACGGAAAGAAAGAGAAUAUGAAAUAGAAGGCAUGAAGAGACAGAUAACAAAGACUGAGGAAGAGAUCCAAACAGCCACGGAAGAACUGAGCUACUGGCGAUCCUUCCAAGAAUCAGGUCAGCACCAGCUGCAGAUGCAGAUCAAACUCUUGGAGCAGGAACUGAAAGACAUUGAAAUCACCUUUGAAGAUAUGACUGCUUACUCAACAAGAGAUAACGAGAAAGUGUUUACUGUUAUGCACAAGGAAACAGAAGAGAUACUUUCACAACAGAAGGAUAAAGCUUCAGAGAGAGCUAUAGCUCAGUUGGACAAGAAAGAUAGACAGGAAAUGCUGGACAAUAACUGGCUGAACCGAGAGGUUGCCAUUCAUCGGAUUGAGACUGAGAAAGUCCGAGCUGUUGUGGAGAUGUUGGAGCAAGAGAAUCUUGAGCUGAUCAGUGAGCUGUUUGAUUGUUCUGUUGACGACCUGACAAUUUCCAGAAGCUUUUUCCUCACUCAGUUUGGAGAUUCUGAAAACCUGGACCACACUGGAGUCCUUCAGAUGGACUUGUCCACUAUCACUGUUCCCACAGAAGAGGAAUUUGAACAACAAGUUCAGAAGCCUGUUUACAAACGACCAAAAAGUGCAGUUCAGAAAGCAGUCGAGGACAAAGUUUUCUCUCUCAGCUCACAUGGACGAUCACACGAUGGCACUCAAGAAGUAUCAGAUGAUGAAGACUCAGAUGAUUCAAAUGGAGCCCUUGAGAGCUAUUCAGUCAAGGAAGACAAUUUUGAGGACUAUCUCCCACUGGGACCUCUGGAACUGAAGCUGUUGAGUGUCACAGGCCAGCAGAUGCCGAUCCACAGACUGGAGCCUCUGCCCGAAGAAGAGUCCAAGGAGUGGAGUCCUGAUCGGUGGCCGGUAACUGUGGCCAUGCUAAAGGGAGCUUUGAUCCCUGAAGUGUCAUAA